AACUAAGAUCAAACAUCGACUGAAAAACACUGUCCAAUAAUUUUCCCCAUCAUUUGUACAGGAAAGGACCUUCUUUCAAAUUGGUUAAAUUUAAGGGGAGAAAUUUUUUCAGUUGCAUAUGUUUGAAUCGUCUGCUAGUCUUUGUUGCUCGGAUACAAAUUGCAAAAAAUCAGUUCACUUUUAAAACUAACAGUUGAUGUAAAGGUAUUUGUUGUGUGACAGAAACCUAUUCUCAAGAUGACUGCAAGUGAUUUAACAUUGUCUUUGCCUGGACUUCAACCUGUGGCUUUUUUUGGCCUGAGGACAGGAGUGAAAGGGAAUGCCUACUUCUUGACUGACCAUGACAUACUGUACCCUGCUGGAUCAGUUCUUGUAAUCCACAAUCACAUUCAGAGACACCAAAAGUUUAUAAAACUAAUAGAUCAACAUGGAAAAGAGCAGCAUUCAAAAGAAUUGCAUCCGAAGGAACCACAUGUAAAGGACCAACAUCCUAAAGAACUGCAUGGCAAAGAUCAGCAUGUCAUAAAGGAGAUUGUACUCAGUCCUAACAGAAAGAUUGCAGCUAUCACUGAGCAAGGAGAGAAGCCACUGAUUACUAUCUAUGACUUAGAAUCCCUCAAGCGGAAGAAGGUUCUCUCAUUACCAGGAGACACUGAAGCACAGGAAUUUAUUUCAUUUACUUUUACAAAUGAUGGGAAGGGAGUUCUGGCUGUAACUGGUGCGCCAGACUGGUCUCUAUAUUCAUUUAACUGGGAAAAAGGGAAAAUGGAAAGCACUUGCAAAGCAACUGUUGUAGGAAAUACUGGAACUGUGGCGCAGGUUGCAGCCCACCCCACAGAUAAUACUACUUGUGUCCUUGUUGGACCAGGACUAUUUCGUUUGAUGAUGGUGACUGAAACAGUUUGGCGCCAAUUUGGUUGGCAAAAGGCUGAUCAAUUACAACUUUCUUGUGUUGCAUAUUUGACUCCAGAGAGAAUUCUUGCUGGUACUAAAGAUGGUAGACUUGUUCUUGUUGAAAACAAUGAAUUAAAAGGUGUAUUUAAAGCUGCUGACAUCAAAGAACUUGAUCCCAAAACUAUAGAUGCGCAGCAGUCAUCUACUAGUUUGACAUCAACAGACACUCAAACAAGCAUUGAUUCAGAAAUACGUGGACUAAUAUCAUUUUACAAAGGAUUUGCCUUCAGUCUUGGGACAGGUUUAAUACAUUUAUUUGAAGUUGAUCCCAAUCAAAUUUACAGAAAAAGAAAUGUAUUUGCAAUACCUACAUCAGAAUUUGACAACAUGUACUCUGAAAAUCUAAAUACUGUACGAAAUCUCUCCAUGAAUAUUUCUCAAGACCGGCUUAUUGCUACCACUGAUCGGUGUCAGCUGUACACCACAAAAUUGUGGGGUCCUGAUAUCAGCCAGGUUCCCAAGAUUUCUAUGAAGUUGUUGGGCCAGCAGUUGCACCAUGGGCCCGUGUCAGGUUUAGCAGUUUGUGCAUGGAAGCCAAUAUUUAUGACUGUGGGUCAGGAAGACAAAACUGUACGUUUAUGGAAUUAUGAAACUGAAACUCAGGAUCUAAUAAAGCAAUAUGCAGAGGAUGUAUUUUGCAUAGCUUUACAUCCCACAGGGCUUUACGCUGUUCUGGGUUUUUGUGACAAAUUGCGUUAUAUGACUGUUCUCAUUGAUGAUCUGCAAGAAAUGAGAGAAUUCCCAAUUCGAAAUUGCAAUACAUGUAGCUAUAGUAACAAUGGGCACAUGUUUGCUGCAGCAAAUGGAAAUAUUAUUCAGAUAUUUUCUACAAUCACCUUUGAAAAUAUGUACAAUCUGAAAGGGCACUUUGGUGAAAUAAAAAGGAUGGUUUGGACACCACAAGAUUUAAAAGUAGUGUCUUGUGGACUAGAAGGAGCCGUUUAUGAGUGGGAUGUGUCAACUGGUACUCGAGUGGGGGAAGUUAUCACAAAAUCCUGCAGUUACUCGGAUAUAUGUGUAACUACUGAUGGAAAAACCAUAUAUAGUGUUGGUAGUGAUGGAUACAUCAAGGAGAUGACAGCCUCUCAGAUUGUGCGAGAAGUUAUUGUGGGUGAUAAGAAAAUGGAUGCCAUAAAAUUAGAUGCUGUUGUUUUGUCCCGAUCAAACCUCAUGCUAUUUACAGCUGGAAUGAAUGGAGCUAUUUACUCUGUAAAGUACCCUCUAACAGAUCCUGCAAUUUACACUGAAUAUCAUGUACAUUAUGGAGAUGUGACUUAUAUGCGACUCACAUAUGAUGACAAAGUACUUCUAUCCAUUGCAAAAGAUGGCUCGGUAUGUAUUUGGAAUCUAACAAACACAGAGGGUAAAACUGUCCAGAUGGAUAAAGACUUCUCACACUCCAAGGAGAUUCUUAUCAGUAGAAACGAGUUAGAGGAAAAAAUACUAACAAUAAAAGAUCAACAAGUACGAUUAAAUGAGUUAGAAACUGAGCAUGCCUACAAUACUCGUAAGAUGGAAACAGAGUAUGAAGAUAAAAUGAGAGAGCUAAAUGACAGUUAUCGUGGUGUUGUUGAAGAGCUUAAAGUCAAAAAUGAGAACUUAGAAGCUGAUCACAUUUUGGAAAUGAACAAAACACAAACAGAUAUAUCAGAGAUGAAAGUAUCCCAUGAACAAGCUAUGCAAGCUCUGGAAACAAACUACUAUGGUAAACUGAUACUUGAAUAUGACAAGUAUACCGCCUUAGAUACACGAAGUACAAAAAUGAGAGAGGAUUAUGAAAGACGUUUGGAGGAAUUGCAAGCAUCUAAAGAAAAGGCACUCUCUGAGCAGGCUGAACAUUAUGAGAAUCAGUUGAGAGUAAAAGAGGCUGAGCAAGAGCAGUUGAGAAAACAGUUAGAUCAAGAAAGGAUUGAGCAUGAGGAUAUAAAGCAACAGAUUGAGGACGAUGCUGAUAGAGAAAUCGUCACACUGAAAGCAAUGUAUGAAAGUCAACUGCGAGAAGAGAGAGACAAUAAUGUUCGCCUAAGAGGAGAAGCAGGUGUCAUGAAGAAAAAAUUAGUCGGGUCACAGAAAGAGGUAGAUGAGUUGAAACACCAAGUGUCACAACUUCAAGGGGAACAACAACAAUACCAACAUGCUGUUCAUUCAUUGGAUAGGGAUGUACUGGAUCUAAAGAAGGAAGUGGUUGAAAGGGAUUCUACAAUUCAACUAAAAGAGAAGAACAUUUUUGAUCUAAAGAAGGCAAAUCAGGAGCUUGAUAAAUUUAAGUUUGUGCUAAAUUAUAAAAUUACAGAAUUAAAGAGUGAAAUUGAACCGAAAGAUUUAGAAAUCAAAGAGAAAAAAGAGCAGAUUCAAGAUAUGGAGCAAGAGCUAGAAAGGCUUCAGAGAAAUAGUGAAAGCAUUAAGGUAGAAAUGAAUGAAUUGAGAGAAAAACUUAUUGGAACAGAGUCAGAACUGCAGACAGAAAAAAACAUUCAUAUUAACACAAAUCGCUUACUAAAACGUUUGUGGGUUGAUCUUCAUAACACUUCCUCCCUAAUACAAUCUCCAAAAGAACUCCGGGAAGCUAUGAAACUGCUGUAUCAAAAGUAUAGUGGCAAUCCAAGUCUCUUACUAAGCAGAGCACAAGACACAGAUGCACAAGCAGAAUUUAUGCGUCAACGGGAGCACUUGGAGAGAACUGUUGCCUCCUUAAAACGACAAGUUUACAAAGGUGGUUUAUCAAAACAAGGAGAUUACGCCAGAAUCAUGGAAGAAAAUAUUUAUUUAAUUGAAGAGUUGAAUUCUGUGCGUGAUACACUCAAGAAAUCUCAGAGUGCACUACAGAAUUUAGAAAUGCUUCUGGGACUAUCAGCAACAAGUAGCUCAAGGGUAUUCAAUGCGUCAGAGCUCCAGGAAAAAUUGAGGAAAGCAUUGAGAGAACGUGAAGAAAGAGAGGAGAGUGGUUCAGAAAAAAUUACUGAAAUGGAGAAAAAGAUGGUGGUUUUACAAGAAGAGGUGGAUCGCUUGAUUUUCAAAUUGAGUAAAUCAGAGAAAGAAGCCUACCUGCAAGACAAAAAAAUUCGUGAUAAUAAGCGGAUUCAGUUUUCUCAAAAGAAGAGUGAAGUGAAGACAGAAGUCUCGACAGAUUAAUUAUGCAUACAAAAUAGACUUACUGUAAGUGUAUUGUAAGUUUCAAAAUAGAGGUGUAUCCAAGGGCAGUUAUUUAAAACUGUCAAAGAUUGAGAAAGCUGGUAAUAACAUUCACCAGAAUUUAAUCGUCAGACACCAUACACAUCAACAAGAAUUGAUCACACAAACACAAACCAAGACCAUUACUUUAAAAAUAAUUGAGCAUAUAAAAAUUACCCUUACAGCAACAUAAGGCAAGUUGUUCUUGAUAAGUCUUAUCACUUCAUUUGUACUAAUACAUAACCCCUAGCACUGUACAUGUAUUUGUUACAGAGAUUCUACUACCAUUCAGUAAAAUAGAACAAAAAAAGAUAUCCUUUGGGAAUUUUAUUUUUUUCUUCUUUUUUUUAAUUACCUUGUUAAGAGAGAAUAUAUGUAAGGUAA